AUGGCUGUCUCUCUAUCACCCAACCUGGGAACCAACUAUGCCCCAGAUGAAAUCCAGCACCCAUAUAUUAAAUUUUCAGAAUGGAAGUUUAAGCUCUUCAGGGUGAGAUCCUUUGAAAAGACAUCCGAAGAAGCUCAAACAGAAAAGAAGGAUUCCUCAGAGGGGCGAGCCUCUCUGGAGCAGUCUCCAGCAGUUCUGGAUAAGGCUGAAGGUCAGAAGCCAGCCCUGACUGAAACAGCAUUCAAGACCCACUGCAAGUUUGUGAAAAAUUCCCGUGGCAAUGGGAAAGCAAGAGACAAAGCCAUCCACCAAGCCAACCUUCAACAUCUAUGCCGCAUUUGUGGAAAUUCUUUCCAAACCGAUGUGCAGAACAAGAGAUACCCAGUCCAUGGACCUGUGGAUGGUAAAACCCAGGGCCUUUUACGAAAGAAAGAGAAGAGGGUCACUUCCUGGCCGGACCUUAUUGCCAAGGUUUUCCAGAUUGAUGUAAAGGCAGAUGUUGACUCGAUCCACCCUACUGAGUUCUGCCAUAACUGCUGGCGCAUCAUGUACAGGAAGUUUAGCCAUGCCCCAUGUGACGCUUACUUCCCCAGGAAUGCGACCAUGGAGUGGCACCCCCACACACCAUCCUGUGACAUCUGCCAUGCUGCCCGUCGGGGACUUAAGAGGAAGAAUCAGCAGCCAAAUCUGCAGCGCAGCAAAAAACUCAAAACUGUGGUGGCUGACAGAGCGAGGCAAGCCUGCCACUGCAAGAGAAAAGCUCAGACAAGGGUCAACAACAAGGACGUCAUGAAGAAGAUUGCCAACUGCAGUAAGAUGCAUCUUAGCACCAAGCUCCUGGCGGUGGAUUACCCAGUGCACUUUGUGAAAUCUAUCUCCUGUCAGAUUUGUGAACACAUUCUGACAGACCCUGUGGAGACCAGCUGUAAGCAUGUCUUUUGCAGGGUCUGUAUCCUUAGAUGCCUCAAAGUCAUGGGCAACUACUGUCCCUCUUGUCGAUAUCCCUGCUUCCCAACUGACAUAGAGAGCCCGGUGAAGUCCUUUCUGAGCAUCUUAAACUCCCUGAUGGUGAUAUGUCCAGCAAAAGAAUGCAAUGAAGAGGUCAGUUUGGAAAAAUAUAAUCAUCAUGUCUCAAGCCACAGGGAAUCAAAAGAGACUUUUGUGCAUAUUAAUAAAGGGGGCCGACCUCGCCAGCAUCUCCUGUCCCUGACCCGGAGAGCUCAGAAGCACCGUCUGAGGGAGCUCAAGCUGCAAGUCAAGGCUUUUGCUGACAAAGAAGAAGGUGGAGAUGUGAAAUCCGUGUGCCUGACCUUGUUCUUGCUGGCACUGAGGGCGAGGAAUGAGCACAGACAAGCUGAUGAGCUGGAAGCCAUCAUGCAGGGCCGUGGGUCUGGCCUGCAGCCAGCUGUCUGCUUGGCCAUUCGCGUUAACACCUUCCUCAGCUGCAGCCAGUACCACAAGAUGUACAGGACUGUGAAAGCCAUCACAGGGAGGCAGAUUUUUCAGCCUUUGCAUGCUCUUCGGAAUGCUGAGAAGAUCCUUCUUCCGGGCUACCAUCCCUUUGAGUGGCAGCCACCUUUGAAGAAUGUGUCUUCCAGCACUGAUGUUGGCAUUAUUGAUGGACUGUCUGGACUGUCCUCCUCUGUGGAUGAUUACCCAGUGGACACCAUUGCAAAGAGGUUCCGCUAUGACUCAGCAUUGGUAUCUGCUUUGAUGGAUAUGGAAGAAAACAUCUUGGAAGGCAUGAAAUCCCAAGACCUUGAUGACUACCUGAAUGGUCCCUUCACCGUAGUGGUGAAGGAGUCUUGUGAUGGAAUGGGAGAUGUGAGCGAGAAACACGGGAGUGGACCAGCAGUUCCAGAAAAGGCCGUUCGUUUUUCCUUCACAAUCAUGUAUAUUACUAUAGCACGUGGCUCGCAGAACGUGAAGGUGUUCGAGGAAGCCAAACCUAACUCUGAACUGUGUUGCAAGCCAUUAUGCCUUAUGUUGGCAGAUGAGUCUGACCAUGAGACCUUAACUGCCAUCCUGAGUCCUCUCAUUGCCGAGAGGGAGGCCAUGAAGAGCAGCGAAUUAAUGCUGGAAAUGGGAGGUGUCCUUAGGACUUUCAAGUUCAUCUUUAGGGGCACUGGGUAUGAUGAAAAACUUGUCCGGGAAGUAGAAGGCCUUGAAGCUUCCGGUUCAGUCUACAUUUGUACCCUUUGUGAUGCCACCCGUCUGGAAGCGUCUCAAAAUCUUGUUUUCCACUCCAUUACCAGAAGCCACACUGAGAACCUGGAGCGCUAUGAGGUCUGGCGUUCUAAUCCCUAUCAUGAGUCUGCGGAAGAAUUGCGGGACCGGGUGAAAGGGGUCUCGGCCAAGCCUUUCAUUGAGACGGUCCCUUCCAUAGAUGCACUUCACUGUGACAUUGGCAACGCGGCUGAGUUCUACAAGAUCUUCCAGCUGGAGAUAGGUGAGGUGUAUAAGAAUCCCAAUGCUUCCAAAGAGGAAAGGAAAAGAUGGCAGGCCACCUUAGAUAAACAUCUCCGGAAGAAGAUGAAUCUAAAGCCAAUCAUGCGGAUGAAUGGUAACUUUGCUAGGAAGCUCAUGACCCAAGAGACUGUUGAAGCAGUUUGCGAAUUGAUUCCCUCUGAGGAGAGACACGAGGCCCUGAGGGAACUGAUGGACCUUUACCUGAAGAUGAAACCUGUUUGGAGAUCAUCAUGCCCUGCUAAAGAGUGCCCAGAAUCUCUGUGCCAGUAUAGUUUCAACUCACAGCGGUUUGCUGAGCUCCUUUCUACCAAGUUCAAGUAUAGAUACGAGGGCAAAAUCACCAAUUAUUUUCACAAAACACUGGCCCAUGUCCCUGAAAUUAUUGAGAGGGAUGGUUCCAUUGGGGCGUGGGCAAGUGAAGGAAAUGAGUCUGGCAACAAACUGUUCAGGCGCUUCCGGAAAAUGAACGCCAGGCAGUCCAAAUGCUACGAAAUGGAAGACGUCCUGAAACAUCACUGGUUGUAUACUUCCAAAUACCUCCAGAAGUUCAUGAAUGCUCAUAAUGCAUUAAAAAAUGUUGGGUUUACCAUGAACUCGCAGGCAAGCUUAGAGGACCCGCUAGGCCUAGAGGACUCUCUGGAAACUCAAGAUUCAAUGGAAUUUUAA